CGAACGUCACGUCACGUAUUUAAUAAACAUGAGACAAGCACUGGACGCUCUUUAAAGUUAAAUAAACGCUGUGGCGCGACUUGUGUUGCAAACAGAAUCCAGCAUCGCUGAUGGACCAGCAGAGAACUUGAGAGACGAACCGAACCUGCGUACCAGCGAGACUGUUCUAGAGAAUGACGUCCAUUUGUCCAAGAUGCGACAAGACGGUGUAUUUCGCGGAGAAAGUAACCUCACUGGGGAAAAACUGGCACCGUUUCUGUCUGAAAUGUGAACGCUGUAGUAAGAUUCUGUCUCCCGGAGGUCAUGCAGAGCAUGAUGGAUUGCCAUACUGUCAUAAACCAUGCUACGGGACCCUCUUUGGACCAAAAGGUGUAAAUAUUGGAGGGGCAGGGUCUUACAUAUAUGACACGCCACCUCAGACACCUGUCGAAAAAUCAUUUAACAGUGCUUCAGAAGGAUCACCCACUACACCUUGGACCAACACACAGAUUUACUAUCACCAACCUAAAGCCCUUACUGCUCCUACACGUAUGUUUGCUGGAGAGACUUAUCUGUGUCCUGGGUGUGGAAAAGCAGUUUAUUUUGCUGAGAAGGUGAUGUCAUUGGGGCGCAACUGGCACAGGCCUUGCCUUCGCUGUGUGAGGUGCAAAAAAACACUGACCCCUGGUGGCCAUGCAGAGCACGAGGGCAGGCCCUACUGCCAUGUGCCCUGCUAUGGGUACCUUUUUGGACCAAAAGGUGUGAACAUUGGAAAGGUGGGCUGUUACAUUUAUGAGAAAGAAAAUACAGAGAAUGAAAUGCCAAGUGAAAAUUAGGUUUUUUAUUUUUGAAAGAAAUUUUUCUUUUUUACAGUAUUAAUUAAAACUGUAUAAGUUUUUUUUUAUAACAGCACAGAUCAAAUAUAUGCAACUUUAAUUGCAUAUUCAUGUGUUCUAAUUGAUAACUAGAAUGACCUCUGACAUCUAAGAAAAUAUUCACACAAAAUCACAAUCCCACUCAUACAUGCAUACAUACAUAAAAAACACACUGACACAUAGGCUCUCUCUCUCUCUCUCUCUCUCUCUCUCUCUGUCUGUUUAUCAUAUCCUCAUACACACAAUUUCCAUCUAUGCAUUCACACACCUCCUUUUUAGAAUCGUAUUAUUAAAAUGCUUGUAAUUAUUACAUCACACUGUUGAGCGUUACCUUUAGUUGUGUAACAAAUAAAAAUAUUUUAGAAGAUAUUCCAGAAUUACUGCCUUAAUUUGGAAGCUGAACAUAACACUUACACUAAACAAUAGAACGACAUGGGGUGCAUGUACACACAGUCUUUGACAAUUCUCCUCAGCAUUGUCAUUUUUCUUUCGUCUUCAAUUUCUCUGCUUCCUCCAGCGUUUCAAGAUGUUUUAUGACAUUUUUCCUGUUCAUUUAAUACAUACACAAGAUGUAGCAUACCACAUCUACUUCUGCUUUGGUUUCCUUCUGUCAAAUAUUGUUACUAAUAGUUUAGCCCAAUAUUUCUUUAUUCAAGCAAAUGUUCUCAUCAGAAUCCCAAAUAACACAUGGGAUCAUACUAAAUAAAAUAUGUGAUUUGUAUGUUACACUAGUGAUUUUCUUACUGGUUAACCCGCCUUUAACCUCCUGAGACCCGAGCGUGGCUGUUGUGUGCAUUUUUCAUUCCC